UUGUAAUUUUCGCGGUAUUUGCUGGCAUCUUGUCAAAUGUUUUUUUCUGUACACGACAAUGUGAUGUAUUGCUUUAUAAAACCGAGACAAAGAACGAUACUAAACAUUGCUUAAAGGUUUAAGAAUACCCCCAAAAAGUAACUCUCCAUCUUUUCUUUUUAUUUCUAAAAAUAAAUGUGCUAUAAAUAAAGCUUCAAAUACAAAGAUAUUCAAUCUUUCCACACAUGCAGAUUUAACCAAAAGGAAGGAGAAUAUUAACAAAUGGAGGCAGUAAUUCUAUUCCCUUCACGGGUGACUCAAAUGUGAUGUUUACAUUCUAUUCCACAGUGGUGCAAAGACAAAAAAAAAUAAUAUUUCUGAGAAUUUGAUGACAUUUUGAAACGAUCAAAACCACAUGUAUGGAAACUUUCGGCCCGGACCGAGUUAAUAUUGCGCAGGCUGCGUGCAGGCUAUUCACGUCAGCGGACUAUUGAGCUGAUAAGAUGGAUCAUGCGGUCUCCUCCCCGAUUCUGCCUUCUUUCAGGCUCUCUGGAAAGCCGCCAUGUGACAUUUGGGCUGCCGGAGCCGCGUCACAAGGUCAAAGGGCCUCGCUGCGUGCGCGUCAUGGAGAGGCAGAAGCCCAAAAAGAAGCAGCAGCAACAGCAGCAGCAGCAACAACAGCACGGCGGCUUCUCGCUGCAGGGCCACAAGGUCGGGCCGAAUAAGAGCCUUUUCCCCUGGAUGAAAGAGUCCAGGCAGCCCAAGCACAAACUAGACAGGAGACCUACAGAACGAGGGGUCGUCGCGAGCCCCGAGGCUUCCGGCGCCGGCACGCCGGCCUGCAAGCGGACUCGGACGGCCUACACCAGCGCGCAGCUGGUGGAGCUGGAGAAGGAGUUCCACUUCAGCCGCUACCUGUGCAGGCCGCGGCGGCUGGAGAUGGCCGGCCUGCUCAACCUGCAGGAGAGGCAGAUCAAGAUCUGGUUCCAGAACCGACGAAUGAAGCAGAAGAAGGACGAGCGGCUCCAGCAGCAGCAGCACCACCACCACCAGGAGCAGCAGGAGCUGCAGCACGGCCUGGCCUCAGCCUCGCCCUCCUCACCCAGCUCGCCCCCCACCCCGUCGGGCAGCCCAACUCUAUCCAGCCUGGGCUACGUGCACUUGGGCGGGGACUACCAGCCGGCUUCGCUUCGGCCUCAGUCCCGGCAACACCAGUCCCGGCCUCAGUGGUCCGAGUACCCGGCUCAGAGCUUCACUCUCCACGAGCCGCCGUUUGACGCGCACGCGCAGAAUGCCAACGACGAUUUCCAUUCAUCUUAUUUCUCCCCAAACUCGUGCGGCCCUCGCGACAGAAUCAUGCAAGCUCCUAAACUCACCCAUUUAUAAUUAAAAGCCAAAAACAAACACACUCACACACAAAACAACAAUCAAAAUAAAAAAACACAAAACACAGUCUACAACAAAAUUUGGAGUUUCGAAAUUAGAAGUUGAAAAAAGUAAGAUAAAAAGAGGGUUGUUUUAUUUGAAAAAAAAGUUCUUUUUGAUAACACCAAUCCAUUUGCAAUCAUGCUACAAAUUUUAACAAGUCGAUGAGGCCUUGGGUUCGAUACCUGUACGCAAAAAAAACCCUGUGCGAGUAGCGUACAGUUGUAUUUCCCUUUUUUUUUUGUUAAAUACUGUGACGUCUCAUUUCAAAGAACUAUUUCUUUUCAAACAUCUACAAAAGUGCAAUUUGUAUUUAAUUUAUCUGCAACCCAUCUUCAUUGACUGGUUAUUUUUUUUCUAUUUCUAUGAAAGUUAAGCAUCAUGCUAAAUUUCAAAAGGGAUAAUGUUACAGUGGAUUACAAUAAUAUUAAAUAUACGUUUUAGGAGUACAGACUACGGCAUUAUUGUAUUUUAAUGUUGGCCAUAAUGGUUGUUGAAUACAUUCAUAUUUUUUGGGGGGAGUUUAUGUCAAAAUAAUCACUGAGCUAACGCAUUUAUUCACCCUAACAUGCUUCAUUAAUGUGAGAAUACGUAAGUGAAUAGCAAGAAUUAUUUCUUUUUCUUUAUUCCACAUUUACCCAAAAUUUAAAGGCCCAAAAAGAGUUCUGAGCCUAUGUAAGGAAUACAUUUGGCAUGUGAGAAGAGUGUCAUUGUUCUUUUGAGGGUCACAGAAGCUGUCUUUUUUUGUUGUUUGUUUUAAAGAGCACAUGAUGGAUCACUGUGCA